UGCACAGUACUUUGAUUGUAGACUUCAAAAUCAGUCUAAACCAAAAUUCCAGGUUUCUCUCCCAACGGAUCUUCAGUUUAGCCCACCGCUUGUGAUCAACUUGUACGACAUCAGAGCAUUCAAACGACAACCUCUAAUUGGCGUAUGUCACAUCAUGGAUUUUGCAAAAUACGCGAGAAUCCCCACAAAGAAAAAGGCAGAAGAGGACAAAUCUGAUUGGGACGACUACGAAAAGCAUAUGGAGGAGGAAGACUCAGCGCUAUUGUCUACACCACUCAUACCAUCACUUCGAAAAGACGACAUGCCAAAAUUGGAUUGGUGGAGCAAAUAUUAUGCCUCGGAGGGGCAUUUCGAGAAAGCACCAGGUUUUGAAGAAUCAGGAAUAGAGUACCUGAAAGUUUUCAAGGAACCACUGGAGUGCGUCAAUAAUUACAAUGGCUUUCAAGAUUUUCUGGACACAUUUGCAUUUGUAAAAAGCUCGAUGGGGAACUUCGACGACCCUGAAGAGAAAGAGAAAACUGGCGAGUUGAAAGGAAAAGUGUUUAUAACACGGAUUUCGAAAGAAGAUAGUGAUAGUGCGAUUCUCGACCCACCCGGAGUAGAGUUUCUUGGCACUGUUCAAUGCCUAUUACGAGUAUACGUCAUUGAAGCCAAAGGACUAGUAUCUCAACGAAAAAAUGGCAUGUGUGAUCCAUACAUCAUGGUGAAGUGCGGGAAGCAAAAGGUCAAUCUGAAAAAGAAUUAUCGGCCAGAUACGGUAGAUCCCAUUUUUGGAGAAUUAAUAGAAAUGGAUAUAACAAUCCCUCUCGAGAAAGAUUUGAUUGUAUCAGUCAUGGACCGUAGAAAGCUUAUAACAGGUAAACCAAAUAAUGGAAAAAUGAAAGUUUACUGCUUAUCUAUUGCAAUUCUUAUUCGAAUUUUUCAAUAA